GCGCCUGGCCCAGCCCAGCAUCAGCUCCCCGCUCAGGGGGGACGCGGGACACUGCGCAGGAACUCUGGGCUUUAGACUCUGAACACUGGGAUCCAGCAGUGAAGGACCUGGAGCACGGGGCCUCCCUGGGCACCCAGAAGGGCUCAGAGCAGCUAUGAAGGGGUGGCCCAGUUUCUGCCCUGCCCUGCCGCAUUUCUGGCAGCUGGAGUCUUGCUUCAUGGCGGAGGGCUCGGGCCCUCAGGCCCCGGGGAAAGAGCCCCCACUCAGCAUCCAGGUCCUGCGAGCCCAGUACGAAGGCUUGCGAAGGCAGCAGAGGGCGCGGGCCUACCUGGUGGUGCUCCCGACAGGAGGACACACGCCUGCUCCGGCUGAGUCCAUGGUCAGUCCUGUUUGGAUUAACAAGGAGAGAAGACAUUCAGUGUCCCUAGAAGAGGCAGAUCUAGAGGCUGAGGGGAUGCUGGAGGAGGCCAACGGAGGCUGUCUUCGGGGCCCUGAAUCUCCAUGGCACGCACACCUGGAGAUGUACCGCUGCGUUCAAACCUUCCACCAGGAAAUCAGUCUUCCAGUAAAACACAAGAACAAGCUCAUGGGGUCCAAACAAAGACUCCCUCAGGAAGGAGACCCAGGUCUGUUUGAAAACAAUCCGAUGACCCAGCAAGGGUCCACCAACCUACCAACAGCCCAGUGUGAAUGUCCGGUGAGCAAUGCCCAGACAAAGGCAGAGGGAUCUGGCUUGAAAUUGGACGUUUGGCACCCUCUUUCCAAGAAGAACCCACACAGGUCUGGAAAGCCAGCUCACUAUCCAUUUCCCCAGAGGAAAACGCCCAGGAUCUCUCAAACCGCCAGGAACCUGGGCUUGUAUGGCCCAGCCUAAAGCUUCCUACUCAUCCAAAUGUCUCAACGUUGAAACUAUGGAUGGCCUCAUCCAAGAACCCAGGAGGCAGAGCCAUGAGUCGGGCCUCUAGCUAGGAGCAAGAACCAGACUAACUCAGUGGUAGGGAUUUUGAACUUCAUGGUGGCAUGGUCUUGUCCUUCAGAAAAGAAGAGAUUGCCUAGGCCAGAUCUCACACAGUCUAGGAUGAAAGAGUGUAUCUGAUCAGGGUGGCCCCACUGUGCUUGUAUAUGAAGACAUGACUGGAGCCCUAGAUGCCGAUUCCUUGGGAAGGCCCCAUAGGCAUCUUCUCUGUCCCUAGAAAUGGGAAUUUGGGAAUGUGAUACUGGCACCCUAGCCAUAGGAAUGCCUUAGCAGGAGCACAGGAGUCAACGAGUGUGAGCAGCCUUGUUUUCAAAAUGUUCUGAUGAUUUCUUACAUGAUCUGGAGAUGAGCUCUGAGAAUUGCCUUUUUCUGCUUACUGUGUCUGGAGGCCAGAUCACUGAGAAGUCCUUGGUAGUGACCAUACCAUUUCAGCGGAGGCUCCCUAAGUAUGGUCACUGUGGGUUGAAAGAAAAACUCUACUGUUUUGUGUGUUUAAGACAUGUUCAGGAAGGUUGGCCAUCUCUCCCCUCUCACUGAGACUACACGUUCCAAUGUCAUCACAGGUAUAUUUCCUUCCUUCCUCCCCUCUGCUCUUGCCUUCCUACCUACCUGCCUGCCUGCCUUCCUUCUAUCCAUCCGUCCAUCUCACUUAUCUGUUAUCUCACCUUCCCUCCCUUUCUCUCGCUCUCUCUCUGUCUGUCUCACUUUCUCUCUCCUAAUUAAGUUAUUAAACACUGCCAGGCCAGUCACUGAAGAUAUGUGGUAAGAGGAGCCUGAGCAGGAGACAAGGAAAUGCUCCUGCUUGGAAAAUACAUAUGCCCCACAAACUCCUUCCUUUUCAGCUGAAUUUGAAGCCCUCAGAUCCUUCCUGGGAUAUGUUAAACUUAAAACAAAGGGAAGCAGGUGUUACUGCUUGGGUUAUGGGAAGAAAGUAGGUCUCUCCUGGUUAAUGUUUAACUUUAGUAAUGAUACUUAAACACACCAAAGGUGCCUUUCCCUCAUAUCAGAUAAUCUCUCUGUAAAGUUUCACUUGUAUUUUCCUCUUUUUGCCCCAACAGUGAUCCAGUCUUGUCUAUCUACACCCAGAGCUGUUAACUAGGUGUGUCAUUACUUGGCAAAAAUCCAUGUGUGCCUGCUUCUUGGAUCACCCAGAAAUCCACUCCAAUUUGGGGAUUGGAUUUCUGGGAAUAAUCAAUAGAGCCAUUGUUCAUUUAUUUUAUUAUUAUUUUUUUUUUUUAGUCUAAUGAAAACCAGGACAUUUUCUGAAAAACCUUUGUCCUUUGCUUUGUUUUGAAGAGGACCGCCACAUGCAACCUCUCUUUCUACAAUGCGUUAGUCAGGAUAGACUGUGUUUUGCUGCAGAAACAAACCCUCCAAUCUCACAACAUGAGAUUGUUGUGACUCACAAAAAGUCAACGAGUAUUUGGGCGAACUUCCCAAAUCCCUACAAUAUCAACACUGGUUUCCCUAAUCGCUGUAGCAGGAGGAGAGAGUGUGCUCACUAAUGGUCAGGUUCCAGCUUUCAAAUCACUUCUACUUACAUUUCAUUGCCCAAAGCAAGUCUCACAGUCCUAUCUUCACUUCAGGGACAUGAAAUCAUCCCAUUUUCCUGGAAGGAGGGAAAAAUUGGAAGACACGGGUGAGCAGUACUAAUGGCUAGCACGGCAGAUGGGGGUCAGACAGAUUUCAUUCUGAAUACAAGGAGUAGCCAUGAAGAGAGUUACAUAUGAGACUACAAUGAUUUAAUUUGUAGUUUAACCAGAUUACUCUGAUCAUUCAGAGAGAAUGAGUUGAGGGUCACAUUAAGAGGCAACACCAGGGGAAAAAUGGCCAAGGCAAGUUCAGUGGGAAAGAUGCUGUUAUUUCAAGCACGAGUAGGAGCCGAAGAGAUGGGGGAAAAGUGGGUACAUUGCAUAUGUAUUUUGGAGCUAGAGUCAUUAGGAUUUACUGAAGGAAGAGUAGAGGUUCCAUUUGAAGGAUCCUGAGUUUGAGAUGUUCGUGAGACACACAGAUGCAGAUAUCAAAUGGGCCAGUGGACACCUGAGACCAAAGUUCUGGGCUGAAUAUGAAUUACAUAUGGUGGUGUGAGCAUGUGGAGGUCCUGAAAAGGACGAGGCAAGGCCAGUAGACCUCUACCCAGUGUGGAGAGAAGACAGGGUCCAGAAUGAAUCCUGAAAAUGCAUAAUUCACUUAAUUGAAAAGUCUCUAAGGAUUUUUCCAAUCGGACACUGAAGAGCAGGACCCUGACUAAGAAGAAAAGGAGAGCCCGGGUGCUGGGAAGUUACAGACCUUGAGAGGCAAGACAUGGCACGGGUCACUCCCCUAACUGUAAGCCUUCCACAAAGCCCUUUUCUAGAUCCACAUUCCUCUGUCUGAAGUUGCUUUUUCUUGAGCCAGGGUUUAAAAGGCCAGAGGCCAGGGCACCUGCGUGGCUCAGUCAUUUAAGUGGCUGCCUCUUGAUUUCAGCUCAGGUUGUGGUCUCAGGGUCGUGAGAGGAGCCCUGCGUCAGACUCCACACUCACAGGGGAGUCUGCUCAAGAUUCUCUCCCUCUCCCUUUGCCCCUCCUCUGUACCCUCUCAAAAAAAAUGAAUGAAUGAAUGAAUGAAUGGCCAGAGUUCAAGAGGCAAUCCCUGAGUGGUAGAACUUUUUAGCCAAGAACACAAGUCAGUGUCACCAAGUUCAGGUCAGAGCCAACUGCCUGCCUGCCGUCGCGGCUGACCGGACAGGGAGGCACCUUUGCCCCAGAGGCCUGGCCUUCCCUGGACUGAGUUGUUCUCAUACUCAGGACCGGGCAGGGGCAGUGGGGGGGGUGGUGGUGGUGGUGGUGGUGGUUGAGGAUCAAGUGUUCUCCUCAGAGAGUUUGAAGGGAGAGAGGGCAAGAGCCGUGCUGGUUUGGAGUCCUUCCUCUUCCCACAAGGCUGCUUCUGCCACAGCACUGGACCAGAACCACGCCCCCGUUGCUCAACCAUACUCGCACUUCUACCAACCCAUGGGCUGGCACAUGUGCUCGGGCAAAGGGCUCAGCUUACUCUGGGCUGUCAUACCACCCACAGCUCUGAUUUCCUCUCUCCUGCGCUGGGCGGGACUGGAGCUCACCUCUUCCCACACCCUCCACGGUGCUAGCAGAGGAAGGUUCUUGGCCACUAGAGACCAACCCACAUCGGGCCUCCCAGCCUUCUGACCACAGCGAGGACCCCCCGACGUGCUGCUGCUGAUCGGCUUCAGUCUUCCGGGCUCCAGUCUCAGCAUUGCCUUUGGGAGACAUGACCUUGGCUGAGUUAGAACAUGAGGCUCCUGGAGAUGACAGACUCCCUCUGGUAGCUCCAGCCCACCCACCCCCUACCCAUCAGAGUUCCACCUCUCUUUCCUGGGUGCCCCGGUCUCAUCUCCUCUCUGCUGGCCCGGCCAGGGCCUGGGCACACAGGCAGAAGCUGUCUCUGCACCCAUGACCCACCACCACUUUCGCAAGAGAAGCAGACCCAAUCCAACGAUGAUGUCUCUGGGUUACAAAAUUGAAAUCCAAGGACAACCAGUCGCACACAACCAACCAGGCACUGGGUUAUCAUCAAUCAAUAAUUUCCUCACAUUGCUUCCCUAUCUACUGUAUGAAAGUCUGUCCCUGAGCUCCUGUUGGUGGGGCACCCCUAAGCACUUUUAGUCCGCAGCUAGCGGAUCUGAAUAGAUUUUUGCUCAAAUAAACUCUUUAAAUGUUUA